AUGGCCGCGCGCUUCGCGACAACCGUCCUCUUUGCGCUCGCUGCUGCACAGAGCCAGUCGUACCUCUCGGUGCUCAAGCACCCGGAGCUCGGGCUCCUCGAGCUCGCACCGGCGCAGCAACACACGCCGUUGGACGCCGCUUUGCAGCACCUGCGCCCGCCCCCGCCGUUCGUCCCGCCAUCGCCACGUCUCUUUGUGGGACUCUCGGUCUUCCGAGACGGUGAUCGCUGCGGGUACACGAUCUUCACGGGCUUUCAACGCGCGAGUCACCCAGAGCGACUCCGGUUUGGUGUCAUCGAUCAGGUCGCGACCGACGACGUCACGUGCAUCGACGCGUAUUGCAAGCUCGCAAAGAAUCAGUGGCCGAGCCACGAGUGCCAGUACAAGGACCACAUCACAGUCGAGAGCCGACCUGCCGGCGCGUCGCGCGGCCCGACGUACGCUCGCCACUUGCAGCAGCAGCUCAUUCACGCUGACGACGACUUUUGCCUGCAGCUGGACGCCCACAGCGUCUUUACAAACGACUGGGACGCUGCCUUGUUGCGCGAGUGGGAGCGCACCGAGAACGAAAUGGCCGUCCUCACAACGUACCUCCACGACCUCCACGGCUAUGUGGGAGGCGACGGGAAGAACUGGCCGCCAAGUCAGCUCCCGCAUUUAUGCACGACCACGCGCGGUGGCAGCGGCUGUGUGCGCAACGUGGGCGCCAGCAUGCUCCAUCACCCGCAGCGGCCGCAGAUGACGGCGCUCUUCGGCGCCGGCCUCUCGUUCAGCAAGUGCCACGCCGAGAAGCGCGUGCUCGUGGAUCCGCACACGCCAUGGCUCUUUGACGGCGAAGAGUUUCUGCGCGCGUCGCACCUCUGGACGCACGGCUACGACCUCUACUCGCCGAGCAUCAGCGUCAUCUACCAUAACUACAGCAGCGUGCCCAACCGGUUCUUUGCGCUGCCUGUGGACGCCGCCCUUCGCGAGCGCGAGACGACGAUGGGGCGCAACCGGUACAACCUCGUCUUGGGCCUCCCCGUGGACGGCCCCGUGACGACAGCCGACCUCGACCGCUACGGGUUUGGCUCGGCGCGGUCCCUGCAAGCGUACUUGGCGUUUGCGGGCAUCGACCUCAACACCAACAACGAUGCGCAGUCGUGCAAGCAGCUGCAUUGGCAGCCGUAUACAAACGCGUGCGACGUCGAAGCCCUCGUUGGGCGUGGCUGGCGCAUGGAACCAACGGCGCGUCAGAGUCCCAUGGCGAUGGUAGACGAUGUGGCGCCAUUAGGGAUCCUCUCGGAGCUCGAGGCGCUUGCUCCAGAGAAUGCACGAGCGUCGUUGGUGGCCGAAUCAAGUACAAUGGCACUCGAGACGUUGCCUCCACCCGCUGCGGUCCAACGCAAUUACGAGGCCGUACCGCCCCAUGCCAUGGCCUCGGCCAAGCAGCUCAUCGUGCGCGUCCCGUAUCAGCUCCAUGUUAUGAUUGCAGUUGUCGCGAUGCUCGGCGCCGUGAUUGCAUUUGCGGCGCACGCCAACCGCAAGCACAAGCGCCGUGUGCGCAAGAACAUGAUGACCAAGUAAUACCACAUCGCUGCACUUGUUGAUCCA